UUCAGUUCAGUGAUUACAGUUUCUGCCUUUAACAUCAUCCUCAAAACCCUAAAAAUCCUGUCUUUUUCGUAACAAAUCCAAGCCUCUUAACUUAACGCUCCUCAUUCCUUCCAGUUCCACUCUCUCCUUGUUACACAAGAACACAAAAUAUUCUCUGCACCAACAACAAUUGUUGUUACAGUCCAAUCACUCAUGGCUGAAAUGGGAGUGGAGGAAAACAGAGUUGGUCUAAACAAAAAAAGACUUAAAACGAAAUCGAAUAUGGUUGAUGAUGAGGACAGAAUUUCGGAACUACCUGAUGAGAUUAUCAUACACAUUCUGUCGUUUCUUCCAACUGAGGAUGUUGUUCGUACAUGCUUUCUUUCAAAGCGUUGGAAACUCAUGUGGUAUUUGGUCCCCAAACUCUCUUUUUACGAACAAGGCCACAGAAACUUUGACAAUUAUGUCAACAAUUGUUUGAAACAUCGCAAGAGAGGUAUGGUUUGUGACCUAAAUUCAGUCAUAACUAGUUUUAAGGUUACUACCAGCAACUAUAGAAACGACACUAGUUUAGAUAAAUGGUUAGAUUUUGCAGUUGAGAACAAAGUCAAGGAAAUAAAUCUUAGCUUUUCUGGAGAUUGGUCUUCUUCUUCCUACUACUGGUUACCUGAAACUCUAGUAGUUAAGGCAAUAUAUUUGACUAUUUUGGACUUGGCUUUGGUGAGGUUGGAUUCUCGUUACUCAUUUAGUUUUCCAUCCUUGAAAUCAUUGUCACUAAGUAGUGUUUGGUUUGCUGAUACUGAUACGGUAGAUAAGCUCUUGUUGGGUUCCCCUUCCCUUGAGAAUUUGCAGUUAGAUUUCGAUGUGUUUAGUUUUAGGGAUUGUCUCCACUUAUGUAGUGUAAGCCUCAAGUUUUUGGAUAUUAAUACCCCUAAUAAUAUUGGGGUGGAAAUUGAUUGUAUAAAUCUUGAAUCUUUGACGCUACAAGGUUUUAUCUUUGACAAAAUAAAUCUCUCCUCAUGCAGCAAAGCAAUUAGAAAUAUCUCAUUAACUUGUUUUUGGGGUGCGGUAUCAUCAUCGUUAGAACAUCUCAUCUCUAGCCUUCCUCUCCUUGAGAAUUUGACUUUGAGCAAUUGGCAUCCGUGGAAGUUGAAGCACAUUAAGAUCUCAAGUCAGACCUUGAAAAGUUUCAAUCUGAAUCAUUCUGAUUCUGAGGAGGAAUUGACUGUUUUAAUUGAGUCAGCUCCAAAGUUAACAUCAUUUUGUUAUAAUGGUAAUUUCAAAUUAAGUGUAUCAAUGGUGGAGUCAUGCAAUUUGUUGAAUGGAACAUUCAUACUGGCAAAUAACUAUGACAUCAAUUGGUUUGUUAGUAUGGUGAAUUUUCUUCUAAAUCUCAACUGUUCCUGGAAAAGGGUAAGCUUACAUGUCGACUCAGAUAAGGCUCUCAUCUUGCCAAAAGACUUGAAGAGGUUACAUUGUCCUCCUUUGAUUAAUUGUGAGCAUCUUAGAGUUUUUACUAAAUGUAAAUUGGCAAGGGAAUCAGAUUUGAGAGAUGUUCUGUUGUCGGUCUGUCCAUCGUUAAAGACCUUAUCUAUAGCAGAAGGGGCACGGAAGGGGCAUCUUUGAAAGACUAUUGAACAUAUUAGAUGGUGUUUAUAGGUAGAUGUUUGAUCUCUUUGCUAAUUGCUCUAGGUUAGUGAUUUUGAGAUUGUAUUUACUUUAUAGGUAGUUUAGUACUAAUAUAUUUGUAUAGGAAUGGGAUUUGUUGUCUAUAUACAAUAUAUAUUUAUAUAUAUUUGCUUUUGAAUGAGUUGACAUGAUAUAUUUUAUUUAUAUAUUUGAUGCGAUUUUCUACAAAUCUAUGAAACUUAGACCUCACACUGAUUAAAUUUAAAACUGCCAAAAUGGUAUGUAGUUUAGCUAAUUUGCUGGAGUGUGCUGAAUGUAAACUCUUAACAAUUAGAUCAAACUAAGAAUUGCUCUUGUAAUAUUCAAAGGCUGCGUAGGUUACUGUUUUGAUUUUCUUUAUACAUUUUGUUUAAUGUAGACAUGGGUCUUUAAUCUUUCUGUUGUGUUUGGCUAAACACUUGAGACAACGUACAUAUUCCAAUCCUACAACUCAGCUACAAACUUAGGUAACAGAAUUAGCAAACAUUCUGUUAUGACAUUUAGUACCGAGCUAGCUUUCGUAGUUUAAUUGAGAUUGAGAGAGAAAGACUAGUGUGUCUGAUCUAGCUAUAAGGAAGCAAAGCUUCGAUUGAGUGAUCUAGCUGCUGGGAUUGCUGUAUAAUUCUCUCUCAGAUUGUUCAAUAAAAUUCACUAGCCCUUGGAGGCUGUUCUGGCCUCGGAGUAGACAAAAUAACACAUUGUUAUCUUGAUUGAACCACGUUCUUGUCUCUUUCUAAUUUCGUUUAUUGCUUGUUCAUAGUUUAGUUCAUGUUUUCAUUUUCAUUGCUCUUCAUUUGACUUGUUGAAUUGUUUGUUUUGUUUUCUGUUCACGUUGAGCUAUAUUUCACAACCAUGCCUAAAAACUUGAGAUGGAUAUGUGGUUCUUCACUGCUUGCUUGCUUAGGUUGAAGCUUCUCAAAUUUCAAGGCUUUGAAUGGAUAACUUCAGAGAUACAUACCUUGUUUUGGAUGAUUGCUAAGUUUUAAGCUUAAAUAUGAUAGUAAUAUUUGAAUUGAAAAGCCCUGUUGGAAGUGUAUUUUCUAUUCUUCUGCUGUUAUAACUUAUAUAAACUUAUGUAAUCAUUGGUUUGACAUAUUUGAUGGCACAUACAUAGUUCUAGUUUUAUACA